AUGGUCGUCUUUGAUAAAACUUAGAUACCAAAUAUAAUGAAUCUUUGGAUUGAAGCUUCGCUUAAUUUGGCUUCAAGGACUGAUAUAAGACUUGGGUAUAUAGGAGAUAGAGCGAGAGCUCAAUUUUUUAUAAAUCAAAAUAAGGAAAAGUAUUUUUUAGGAGAAUCUAAAAACUACGUCUUACUCAUAAACUAUCAGUUUGAUGAACCAGCUAGUAUAGUAUUGUAAUUGAAUAAAAACAUGAAUAUUGAUAUUGCUGAAUGGAUAAAUAUCAAUAGCAUAGAUUCAGUUUAUGAGAUUAAGAGAUUUUCAGACGCUAAAAUAAUCGACAUGAUAUAAGCUCCAAAACUAGCUUUAUUUAUUGAUGAAACACAAUAAUCGAGAUUUGUUUUGAAUCAUUUGCACAAAAUCGCUAGUUAAUACAAGUAAAAGCUUUGCUUUAUAUAUUUCAAAGACAAAUAACUUUGGGAAGUCAGACAUGAAUUUGGGAUAUAUGGUUCUGAUCAUCCCAGUUUAGGCAUAUUUACUAAUCUCGGUGUUCUUUAUCAUUUUAGAUAUCCUUUGACUUUUUAAGAGGAAGUUCUUGAUGAUAUAUCUAAAGAUUCAUUAAUUUACUUCUAUUCAAGCCUCAAGGAUUCGUUUUAACUUAAAUAAUCAUUAGAAUACGCAAGUGCAGUUGACACUACAGCAUAGAGAUUUAAGGAUCACGGAUUUGAAAAUGUGAUAGUUGGUAGCUAUGAUAUAUACAGAAAUGGUGUACCAAAUAUUAUGACAGGAAUUGAGUAUCCCAAAUUAAUAUUAUUUCCAGCAAAUUAAAAGGAAAGCAUUAUUAUGUAUCAGGAGAAGGAUCAUAAAACAAGGGCAUACAUGGAAUUUGUUGAGAAGUAUGGCAGAUCAGGCAUUAUUCUCUAAGAGAAAUCUCAUUUACCUUAAAGAAUAGUCAAAGUGUCUGAAGUUUAAUAAGAAGAACAAUAUCAUGAUUAAAAUUUAGAUGAAUUGUGA